UCCUCACCUUCCAUCUAUAUGCACAACGAUUAACUCGUUUUCAAAUGUCUCUCUCCCAUUCUCUCUGUGAAACAUCGCAGAAAGUACACAUUUUCUAGGGUUUCAUUUCCUCCUCUUGUUAAUUUCCAGUCUUUCGAUUUUCUAUAAGUCUCUCUAUCUCUAUAUCUGAAACAUCUAUCUAUCGGCACACUUAGCAUCGAAGAACAAUCUACGAGCUUUUUUCUUCUUCUGCCUGUGAACUCAAAAGAUUUAUAACAACCGAUCGAUAAAGCUGAAAAUAGGUGUAACUCAUUUCCCAUCACUUCUUGACAGCGGGUACUUGAAUUUACUCUCAUCAGCACCUCAACAAUUUGUGAAAUUCUUUUUGAUAAGGCUCUAUGAGCAAUCUCAAGCUAGGAGUGGAGGUUGUGAGCGCCCACAACCUUAUGCCCAAAGAUGGGCAGGGCUCUUCCAAUGCCUUUGUGGAGCUUCACUUUGAUGGUCAAAGAUUUCGCACCACAAUCAAAGAAAAGGAUCUUGAUCCAGUUUGGAACGAGACUUUCUAUUUCAACAUCUCUGAUCCAGACAACCUAUCUAACCUCACCCUUGAUGCUUAUGUCUACAACAACAUGAAAGCCACCCAAUCCAAAUCAUUCCUUGGGAAGGUUCACAUCAGUGGAACAUCAUUUGUCCCAUAUUCUGAUGCCGUUAUAUUUCAUUAUCCUUUAGACAAAAAAAGCAUUUUCUCACGUAUAAGAGGGGAGCUUGGCCUUAAAGUUUUUAUCACCGAUGACCCUUCCAUCAAGUCCUCAAACCCACUUCCUGCAAUGGAAGCUUUUCCCUUUACAAAUCCACACUCAACCCAUGCUCAAGCUUCUGAUCAACAAGUUCCAAACUUGGUCCAAAACAUUUCUAAUAAUAAACCCCAGUCAAGACACACAUUUCAUCAUCUGCCGAACUCAAACCAUACCAAACAACAGCAUCUUUCUUCUUCAGCAGCCAUCCAACAACCAAUGAAAUAUGGAGUUGAUGAAAUGAGAUCUGACCCACAGCCUGCAAAAAUUGUCCGCAUGUACUCAGGUUCGUCAUCACAACCAGUUGAAUAUGCACUCAAGGAGACAAACCCCUUCCUUGGAGGGGGACAAAUUGUUGGUGGCCGAGUUAUUCGUGGAGACAGGCCAUCUACCACAUAUGAUCUUGUUGAACCAAUGCAGUACCUUUUUGUACGAGUUGUGAAAGCUCGUGACCUCCCUACCAAAGAUGUUACAGGCAGUCUCGAUCCUUAUGUUGAAGUAAUAAUUGGGAACUAUAAAGGAAUCACGAAGCACUUUAACAAGACUAAAAACCCUGAGUGGAAUGUGGUGUUUGCCUUUUCAAAAGAUAUAAUGCAAUCCUCUGAGUUGCAUGUUGUGGUUAAGGAUAAGGAUCUGGUGAAAGAUGACUUUGUUGGGAUUCUUCGGUUUGAUCUCCAUGAGGUUCCCACACGAGUUCCUCCAGAUAGUCCAUUGGCUCCAGAAUGGUAUCGGCUUGAAGACAAUAAAAGAGAGAAAACGAAAGCAGAAUUAAUGCUUGCUGUCUGGAUUGGCACACAAGCUGACGAGGCUUUUCCUGAUGCUUACCAUUUGGGUACAGUUAGUUCUAUUGAUAGCUCAGAAGCCUCCUCACAUACGCGCUCAAAAGUUUACCAUUCUCCAAGAUUAUGGUAUGUCCGUGUGAAUGUGAUUGAGGCACAAGACUUGGUUGUAACUGAGAAGACUCGUUUCCCGGAUGUAUAUGUUAAGGUACAAAUUGGUAACCAGAUUUUGAAGACAAAAACUGUUCAAGCUCGGAACAUGAAUGCAUUUUGGAAUGAGGAUCUGAUGUUUGUUGCUGCUGAACCCUUUGAAGAUCACUUGGUUCUUUCUGUUGAAGAUAGUAUGGGCCCCAAUAAAGAUGAGAUCAUCGGGAAGGUCUUUAUACCAUUGAAAGCUGUUGACAGGCGUGCUGAUGAUCAUGAUCGAGUUGUCCAACCCCGGUGGGUCAACCUCCAAAAGCCAAGUGCUGACGAUGCGGAACAGACUAAGAAAGAUAAGUUUGCUAGUAGACUCAAUCUUCGUGUCUGCCUUGAUGGAGGUUACCAUGUGCUCGACGAGUCAACUCAGUAUAGUAGUGAUCUCCGGCCCUCAGCUAAACAGCUGUGGAAGCCAUCAAUAGGUAUCCUAGAACUUGGCAUUUUAAACGCAGAUGGUCUUCACCCAAUUAAAACAAGAGAUGGAAGGGGUACGACUGACACAUAUUGUGUAGCAAAGUAUGGUCACAAAUGGAUUAGGACCCGAACAGUCAUUGAUAGCUUGAACCCGAAAUUCAAUGAGCAGUAUACAUGGGAAGUUUAUGACCCAGCCACAGUUCUCACUGUGGGCGUCUUUGAUAACAGCCAUCUCGGCGAAAAGGGUUCAAAUGGUAACAAGGACAUGAGAAUUGGGAAGGUUCGAAUUCGGAUGUCUACCCUUGAAACUGGUCGUGUUUAUACACACUCUUAUCCAUUGCUAGUCCUUCACCCCUCUGGGGUAAAGAAGAUGGGGGAAAUACAUCUAGCAAUUCGGUUUUCAUGCACAUCUAUGAUGAACAUGAUGCAUAUAUAUUCAAAACCCCUUUUACCAAAAAUGCACUAUUUACGGCCAUUGACCGUAAUACAGCUUGAAAUGUUGCGGCACCAAGCUGUCAACUUAGUGGCAGCUCGGCUCAGCCGGUCAGAACCCCCUCUCAGGAAGGAAGUAGUUGAUUACAUGGCCGAUGCAAAUUCACAUCUUUGGAGCAUGAGGCGCAGCAAGGCAAACUUUUUCCGGCUAAUAUCAGUUUUCAAUGGAUUAUUUGCUGUUGGGAAAUGGUUUGGUGAACUUUGCAUGUGGAGGAACCCUGUCACUACUGUAUUAGUACAUGUCCUUUUUUUGAUGCUUGUCUGCUUCCCAGAACUGAUUUUACCAACAGUGUUCCUUUACAUGUUUCUAAUAGGGCUUUGGAAUUACCGAUUCCGUCCAAGGUACCCUCCUCACAUGAACACGAGAAUAUCUUAUGCUGAUGCUGUACACCCUGAUGAGCUUGAUGAAGAAUUUGAUACAUUUCCAACAUCACGGGGUACAGAGCUGGUCCGACUUAGGUAUGAUCGGUUAAGGAGUAUAGCUGGAAGGAUUCAGACUGUUGUGGGUGAUGUGGCUUCACAAGCUGAGCGGGUUCAGGCACUCCUCAGCUGGCGAGACCCACGCGCCACAGCUAUAUUUGUGACAUUCUGUCUUGUAGCUGCCAUCGUGUUAUACACGACACCUUUCCAGGUACUGGCUGUUCUGACUGGAUUUUAUGUGAUGAGGCAUCCCAGGUUUCGGCAUAAGUUGCCCUCUGCACCACUCAACUUUUUCCGCCGUCUACCAGCCAGGACAGACAGCAUGCUGUAAUAAAGCUGGGUUUUCCAGGCAAGUCUUUGUCUGCCUGUAUAUCAAAACCCGCCUUUUCUUGCUAUUUCAUGUAUAUUUCUGGUACUUGUGUAAUUUGUUUUGACUCUGUCAUUGUCGUGGAAGUGUAUGCAACUAUGACAUACUGGGAACUGAUUAUUGUUAUGUAGAUUUUGUGUUCAGCAA